AUGGCGGAGUUCAAAUUAACAAACGAUACGCUGCGCCGAAUGAUGGCGCAUAUGUCGCGGAAUAUGGAUAAGGGUCUUGAGGGUGGACCCGAGAAAAGUACCGUAGCUAUGUUACCUUCAUUUGUUCCUGAACUUCCUGAUGGAACAGGUGAUUGUCUCCACGCUUAUUUUCAAAAUCAUGCAGUUUAA